AUGGCACAGGCUGCUAUUGAAUCUGCUGUGAGUGGUGGCGCGUUGAUUGGGAGACCGGCAGGGGUCCCGAGGAUGAAGAGGAAGACUCCCUCGGAGCUGCGGGGAGAACAAUAUAAGAGACGCAUGUCUGAAAAGAUUGCUGAUGACCAGCUAUUUGCUUCUGCACCAUUUGAUAGGCCAAGCAACGGGCUUCGGAAUAUGGAACAACAAAAAAUACCCAAAUAUAUCAACACCCGUGUUACAGAGGUGUUCCCAGUUAAAAAAUCCAGAAACGUUGGAAAGGAAAACUGUAAGGAUGCUUUACUCAAUAAUGAGAAGGUUCCCAAAUUUGCUGAUACUGUAACUACUUCACAUUCCGUGUCAUCUUCAUUCCUGCGCGGUGACUCUGUUAAGUUGGACUCUUCUGUUCCAUCACUUGUGGAGGCAGCGAAACCAAGUUUCAGGAAAGCUGAGAAAUACAGUGAAAAUGCUCUACGGAGUGUAUCUGAGCUACACAUCGGUGAUGACAAGCAACCUGCCUCGAACAAAUUUGAUAUGGAAAAAGUGAUGAAAGGGUUUGGAGCUCGUGAUGCUUCUGGAACUUCCAAUGCCCCUGACGUACAAGUUGGUGAUCUUCCUUUGAAGUCUUCAGAACUGUGCCCUUCUAAGAUAAAAAUUCCAGGAAAAAGAGCUCCUUUGGAUCUCACUUUAAAGACUAGUCUGCAGUUCGUUUCAUCAUCUUCUGUGAAGUGGUGUCACAAUUUGAGUAUUGCUGGGCCCAUCACUCAGAGUUAUCGUGGUGGCUCUCAAAAUUCACGAUGUGCAAGGCCUGGGAAGGAAUUCUUGUUCUCAAGGGCACUGCAAUCAUGGGUAUAUCCACAGUCCCUGUUACCUGCUUCCAUCAUAUCUGCUAUGCUCUCAUCAAAUGCACGAGGAGAAAAUGAGUUCCUUCUCAAGAGGUAUCAGGACUGGGAAGACUCAUUUCAGAAUCUUUACUACAUGCUCCGCAAGAAUCAAUUGAACAUCUUUUAUGGUAUCUUACUCACCUCAAACCUCAACGAUUCAUUCAAUAUCUCGAUAGGUCACUUAUAUGAAAAAUCUAACUAUUUUAUUGUCCAUGAUGUCCUCAUUGUACCUGCACAAAAGAUGGGUGUUUGCUUUUCUAUGCCUCUUUGCAAUGCUGAAGUGGAGCAGGUUACUGAUGAUGACCUGAUGGAAUUUUCAAAAAUCCAAACACUCAAUCUGGGCCAGACACUUCAUAUAGAUGCUUUAUCUGAGGUGGACAACACUACAGAGUCACUCCUUUCAUUUACUGGCAAUAAGAGCGUUCAUGGCUUAUAUGAUGUCUUGUUGAACUACAAGUCCUUUCUGAAUUCAUUAUCUGCCACAGAUGUCCCAGUGUUAUAUUCACCGGUGCCAUUUCAAAAUGGCUGCCUCCAUAUUCCAGAGGUCAUAUGCAGGGAGAUGAGGAAAGCUGAUACUGGCCUGUCCUCCUCUACCGGUUUAGAUGAAGAACCUGGAUCAGUGUUUGCUCCUCCACCAGGCAACAUGUGUUACAGCAUGGAAAUAAAGGAUGUGGUUAUCCCACCGUGGGUUGCCUCCGGCAUUUGUGCCGCGAUGAGCUCAGACACGGAUCGCUUUGAUUUAACAAUGGGGACGGAACCCUCCUCCAUGGGCUUAAACGCUGCUUUCACCUCCAUAGGCGUGAGCGGCCAGUCAAAGGCUCCUUCAGAGUCCUCUCCUGAAGGCUGCGAGGCCAUUGGCAUUCCCAGCGCUGUCUUGGUCCGCUCCUUGCACUCCGCCUCGCUCCGGCGCCUCAGUUACAACCACGGCGAAUACCUUGCGCACACAACCGUGUGA